UGACAUUGUUGAACAAUUCAUUAGACCUCAAGCUAUGGGAAGGAUACACAUUCAUGUCAGAUAUGCAGAAGGGCUUGAUUGAGGCAGUUCAAGCAGUAGUUCCUAAUGCACACCAUAGAUACUGUGUGAGGCACAUAGAGGCUAACUGGUGUAGAAGAUGGGGUGCUGGGAAUUUGAAGAAAAAAUACUUGUGGUGGUGUGCAUGGAGUAGCUAUGAAAAGACUUCAAGGAUCAUUUGAAAAACUUGGGAGAAAUUGAUGAAAAAGCUGUUGAAGACUUGUUGAGGUAUCCUCCACAAUCAUGGUGUAGAGCAUACUUUGAUACAGUAUGCAAGAACCAACAAGUGGACAAUAACCUAACAGAAUCCUUCAACUCAUGGAUACUAGAUGCUAGGCAUAAGCCAAUUAUCAGAAUGCUUGAAGACAUAAGAGUUAAGGUGAUGAAUAUGUUGAGAGAGCAUGAAGGUGAAGUGAUGACUUGGACUGAAAAUGUAAGUCCUCCUACCAUGCAGUUAUAUUAUCAAUUCUUGAAUAAUGCACAAAAAUGUACUGUUGAUUCUAAUGGAAAAGAUGGUUAUGAGGUGAAUGAAGGAACUACUGAAAAGCAUAGAGUGGACAUCAACCUGAAAAAAUGCACUUGCAGAACAUGGGACCUUACUGGGAUCCCAUGUCCUCAUGCAAUCAGAGCAUUACUGUACAAAAAAGUGAAUCCUAUGUCUGAGAUUCAUUGGUGGUUCACCAAGGAGGCUUAUUUCUCCACUUAUACACAUAAGUUAGAACCAAUUAGAGGAGAGAAGUUCUGGAAUAUAGAGCCAACUCAUGCAAUGGAUCCACUCCUGCUAGUGAAUAUGGCUGGUAGGCCUAAAGUGAAGAGGACUAGAGAAAAGAAUGAGACAAUAAAUAGGCAAGGGGAGUGGUCCCAAUCCAGAAAAGGCAGGGUGAUGACUUGUUCCACAUGUGGAAAGCCUGAGCAUAAUGCUAGGGGAUGUCAAAAGCAAAGCAAGGGAAAGUUGCCACAGUUUGGUAAGAAAACAAAAAAGAGGCCGAUGACAUUGGUUGAUGAAGAACAUGAGGAGAACAUGGCUAGAUCUCCAUCUGCUGCAAGGCUGUCCUUAGAAGAGGAGCUGCAACUGACAGCACCACAAGCCAGUCAGGCCAGUCAAACGAGCAGCAAUUCUGGACCUCAUUACAUAUUUAUGCCAACACCAUCCCUUUCUAGGAAGCAAUCCAUCAGCAAUGCAACAGAUUUUGACUAUCCAGAAGCAAACAAUCCAGAACCACCUAUAAUGCCAAGGUGUGUGUCAGAGGCAAAGACUAGACUCCAAAGGAGGGAGCAACUAGGCACAACAACUGGAACAAGGACUAUUAAAUUUGUUGGUGAUGCCAGUGGUGUGAGUUUGCCAACACAACUUCCUUACUCACCCAAAAAUCUUACAUGGAGAGGAAAAGCUUCCAUAACAGGAAACCAAUUAGAGAGGCAACGACCAGCCAAAAUGAAGUCAAGAAAGGGAAAUGGCAAUGCACAGAACUAGUCAAGUUCUGGACAUGUGAUAGUUUUUUGUGUCUUGGAUUGAUGUAAUUACUCCAUGUGACAGUACUUUUAACUUAACUGUUAGGUCCUUUAACUUAAACUUUUCAAUAUGGAUGUCAUUUUAUUACUUGGGUGGUAUCAG